AUGGGGGCCAGGUGUCUAUGGGCCUUCGCCGGGCUUCUGGCACUUGUGGAGAGCGCCUUCCUUAAGCUGGAGCCCCUGAGUCUUCCCCUGGCAUCCGAGAAGAAGGAGAAGGAAGUGAAGGACCCCGUAGACACGGACUACCACAUCGACCUCCCGGAUCACAGUUUCGUGGAUGUUGAUAUCGAAAAGCACCUCAACCCCUACGUGGACAAGCGUUACGAUGCGAAUGUGGCGCAGCUGCGGAAAGCAACUGCCACGACAGAUGCCAAGGCCAAGGCAGCCGCGGCGGAGGCUAAGCAGGCCUCCAAGCGCGUACAGGAGCUCCUGAAGCAGAACGAGGACCUCCUUGCGAAGGCCAAGGACUUCAGCAAGGAGGCAGAGCUUUCGGUGAAGGACGCAGAGGCGAGCGACAAGAAGAUGGAGGAGGAGUUGGCCAAGGCGAAGGAGUACGCCAAGGUCGCAGAGCUGGGAGCCAAGGAGCUGGCCAAGAAGGCUGUGGACGAUCUGUUCAUGGGCAAGUAUCGCGAGUUGGAUGGCUGGUGCGGCAACCAGAUCGGCGCCAAGUUCUGGGAGGUCAUCGCUGACGAGCACGGCAUCGACCCAACCGGAACGUACCAUGGAGAUUCGGACCUCCAGCUCGAGCGCAUCAACGUCUACUUCAAUGAGGCGACGGGUGGACGCUAUGUGCCGCGUGCCAUACUGAUGGAUUUGGAGCCAGGAACUAUGGACAGUGUCCGAGCCGGCCCCUUUGGUCAGUUGUUCCGCCCGGACAACUUCGUGUUUGGCCAGACGGGCGCUGGAAAUAACUGGGCCAAGGGCCACUACACGGAGGGCGCUGAGUUAAUCGACUCGGUGCUCGACGUCGUGCGCAAGGAGGCAGAGGGGUGCGAUUGCCUCCAGGGUUUCCAGCUGUGCCACUCCCUGGGAGGUGGUACCGGUGCUGGCAUGGGAACGCUUCUCAUCUCGAAGGUUCGCGAGGAGUAUCCUGACCGCAUCAUGGAGACAUUCUCGGUGAUCCCGUCUCCGAAAGUGUCCGACACUGUGGUUGAGCCAUACAAUGCCGUCUUGAGCUUCCACCAGCUGGUCGAGAACUCCGACGAGUCGUUCCUGCUCGACAACGAAGCUCUGUACGACAUCUGUUUCCGCACGCUGAAGCUUACUACACCGACAUACGGAGACCUGAACCACCUGGUCUCUGCGGCGAUGAGUGGUGUGACUUGCUGCUUGCGCUUCCCCGGGCAGCUCAACUGUGACUUGCGCAAGAUCGCAGUGAACUUGGUCCCCUUCCCCCGGCUGCACUUCUUCAUGACCGGCUUUGCGCCGCUGACCUCUCGCGGCUCCCAGCAGUACCGGGCGUUGACCGUCCCGGAGUUGACCCAGCAGAUGUUCGAUGCCAAGAACAUGAUGUGCGCCGCAGAUCCCCGUCACGGGCGAUACCUCACCGCCGCCGCGCUCUUCCGUGGCCGCAUGUCCACGAAGGAGGUGGAUGAACAGAUGCUCAACGUCCAGAACAAGAACUCAUCCUACUUCGUGGAGUGGAUUCCGAACAACAUCAAGGCGUCCGUUUGCGACAUCCCGCCCAAGGGCCUGAAGAUGGCUGUGGCCUUCGCCGGAAACUCCACAGCCAUCCAGGAGAUGUUCAAGCGCGUGGCGGAGUACUUCACCGCCAUGUUCCGACGCAAGGCCUUCUUGCACUGGUACACCGGCGAAGGCAUGGAUGAGAUGGAGUUCACGGAGGCGGAGUCGAACAUGAACGACUUGGUCUCCGAGUACCAGCAGUACCAAGAUGCAACGGCAGAGGAAGAGGGAGAGUUCGACGAGGAGGAAGGUGAGUAUGACGGCUGA